GCCAAACUUCAGCAAAUCGCAAAUGGACGGAUCCGUCAAUGCCGCGAAUGAUGGUGGAAAACUCGCUGCCAUAGAAAGCCAUAGAACGCAAACUAUCCAAAACGAGCUUUAAAAGGGAAAGAGCUAGAUGCUUAACUCAACAUAACCCAUUUUUACUCGUAGGCUACAUCAUACCGUUUGCAACAUCGGCUCUGUCCGAGGACUGCGUAAAGGUGCUGGAAAGGUUCUGGGAGCGAGAAUGGAGCGGGCGCCAAGCUCAAGCCCCAGCGGCGUAAGUCAGCCCCCACAACCUGCCCAGCAUGAACCUAUUAGUUUCGGCAUUGACCAGAUUCUCAGUGGUACCGACCAGGACGGUUCACAGAACACCACCCGGAGUGGUUCGGAUACUGGCAACUUCACAAGUGGAGGAAGUUACCACCUCGGUAGUCCAACUGGAGCCAGUGCAGCGCCCUUCACUUCGCUUUCCGGUUCUUUCCAUGGCAUCGCAUCAUCAUACGAGGAAUCAAGUGCAUACGGAGUGAACUUGACUUUCACCCCAGGAGGGGUGAUACGCGUUCCGGCGCACAGACCGCUGGCCGCCGCAGUGCCUCCUCCUAUAGCCAGCGCGGUACCCGGGCUAGGCAGCAUCAGCUUCCCCUGGAUGGAGAGCAGCCAAAGAUUCGCAAAGGAAAGAUUCGCAGGUAAACUAUCUCCAUUCAAUGUGUAGGCUAUUUUAGUCCAGGAGUGGUUUAAUCUGGGACUGGGUAAACGGCCCUAAAAGCAGAUUGUUGGGAUGUACUGCAGUAGGCCUGAUAUUCACCAGCCUAUUAAGAGGAAUUCAAAGAGGAAUUUUCGUUUCACUCAUGGAGUUUAAAUGGAUUUGACCACGUCCACAAAUAAAUUAUACAGGACUAGUCGAAUCAAUUCACCAGAUUAACUUGAAUUGUAGCCUAAUUCUGAAAGCUUUAUACUGAGGGAAAAUACGGAUAGAAAUAAAAUCAACAACAACAUUGCAUGCAAGCAAAAUGCAAACAGAUCUAAAUGCAAACAGUUCAAAAUAAGGAAACAUUGAAUUAUUCAUUAUCCUAUAUUAUUUCAUAUUUCAAAGUAAGGUUUAGCCUAACUCAAAGGAGAAAGUUUGACAUAAAAAAACAACUUUAAAACAUGGGGUAGAAAUACUGGCCGAAUUAGGUUCGUUCUCUCGAAGCGAUGAAUUGGGCACAACAAUACUUUGCAAGUUGCACCAUUACAACUAUGUCAAUAUAACAAUAAGCACACUUUUCAUGUAGGUUUUACCACACAAUUGAACAAGCAAAUAUGAACUGAUCACAAAUAUAAAACUGCAACCCGUGUUAUUCUAAUAAAUAAACACAGGCCUAUUUCAUCGGAAGACCAAAACUGUAGACUCCCAUUCAAAUAUAAUUAUUUAACUUUGUAUCAAUUUAGAACCGUUUAUGAAAAUAAACACAUUUUAUCCAAAUUUGGAAUAAUACUUCGAUUUAGAUCGAUAGGAGGGGUGUGCUGUUAUCGACAUUUCUCAGAUACAUUGCACAAGUGUUUCAGACUUCUUCGUUGGCUAUUAGCUACAUCACUUGUCUCUAGCAACUCGACCUAAUUAUGUUACUACUGAAGGAACAGUUAUUGCUUGGAUUUUGAAUCCUGUGUGUGUGUGUGUCUUGCUAAACGGGACAUAUUAUAAUGCUAUGUGUAUUAUGAUGAUGAUGAUGAUGAUGAUGAUGAUGAUGAUGAUGAUUGUUAUUAUUACUACAAUUUGGCCUAUUAUUAUAAUCAUUAUUAUUAUAAUCAUUAUUAUAAUUAUUAUUAUUAUUAUUUCCACACAAUAUAUACAGUUGUUGCAGUAUUUAAAACCAUAAUUUGGGGUACUAGAAGGGGUAAAGCCUUACAUAAUGUACAUUUAUUUCUAUUUCUAUUUCUAUUUCUGUUUAUUCAAACUAAAUGUUUACAUGGAACAUCUAAAUGAACUAAGAGUAUAAAAUACUUUUAACUAAGUUAUUCCUUUAUUGAGAGAAAUGAACGCUAAAACAGAUAAUUGGUCAAUACUUAUGGUAGGCCUACUGUUUGCCAUUGUCAUAUUGUAAUUACAUUUAUUGUAAAUUAGACACUCCAGAAAAAAAGUAAAAUAGGAGAACCUCUUCAUCUGUAACGUAAAAUAUUUUCCCCUGUAACAUUUAUCAGAACCUUUGUUUUUCUUCUGGAGGGCACUAUGUAAAGUGUCAUUAAUAUUGCAGGAGGGUUAUAUAUGAUUGCCUGUCAGCGUUUUGUGACAAAAGGAAGAAUCUCUCCACAUCAGAAAUGAAUGGGGAAAAACACUCAACCUCUUUUCAUGGACAUCCUCAACAUUAUUGACUGUCAACGUAUGUACAUAUUCUGAAUAUACAGCACUAUUACAGCAAUGUCUGCUACUACUAGACAAUAACCCAUAAUGUAAGAGGAAAUAUAAUACAAAGAUCUGAAUUUUGAGCAGUACUUUUAUCAACUAACCAUGGACUAAGACUGAGUUGAUAAUUUUGCCAUGUUUCAAAAUAGAUAGAAAUAAGUUAAACGUAUGUUCAAUUUGGAUUUUGCGUUGAUUAGAAUUAGAUUAGAAUUAUUCAAUUAAAUAAAUCGGCCUCUAAAGACCCAUAGAACACCUGUAAAACCUAUUCAGCUGUACUCCAACAUUCCAGUUCUAUGAGAGAGAGGGGAGGGUGGUAUAUAGGUCAAACCAAUGAGCAUGUACAUUUAUUUUGAUUAUAGUAUCAAUUUAGAGAUUUUAAUGCGGACUACAAUGUCCUUCAACAAAUUGAACACAACAUAAGAAGAUCGAGUGAACCUGUGCAUGACCUGCUUUUUUUGUUUGUCCAAUGCCCCCACACGCAUGCACACACACACACACACAGCUGCACUGACGCCAUUCACAGUGACCCGGCGGAUUGGUCACCCCUACCAGAACCGCACCCCUCCGAAGAGGAAGAAGCCACGGACGUCUUUCUCCCGGGUGCAGAUUUGUGAGCUGGAGAAACGCUUUCACAGACAGAAGUACCUGGCCAGCGCUGAGCGGGCCGCUCUUGCCAAGACCCUCAAGAUGACCGAUGCACAGGUCAAGACCUGGUUCCAGAACCGCAGGACCAAGUGGAGGUGAGACGCUGGGCUGGAGAGGGGGAGGAGGGGAAAGAGAUGAGGAUGAGUUGUUGUCUGAGUGGUUUCUCUGGAGAAAGACGAGGAUCUAGUCUGCGUUUUCUCUAGAGUGGUCAGCAGAGAAACACAUCAUCAGUUACCACUUUCUGAUGUCAAUUUUCAAUUUUAAGAAUUAUAGCUUGAAUACAAUAUCCGCAGUAACUUUGAGUUCUAAUACAUGUUAUAGAGGUGUGUUAGGUCCCUACCUAACUGUGUAUCAAUGCUAAUGGAAACCCAAUAACUCAGGUGAGCAAAACCUAACAGGCAUAUCAAAUCAAAUUUUAUUGGUCACAUACACGUGUUUAGCAGCUGUUAUUGUGGGAGUAGCGAAAUGCUUGUGUUUCUAGCUCUGACAGUGUAGUAAUAUCUAACAAGUAAUAUCUAACAAUUUCACAACAUAUACCCAAUACACACAAAUCUAAGGAAAGCAAUGGAAUUAACAAUAUACACUGUACAGCUCAGCCUCACAAACCCAACCUUUUUUUACCCACCAUGACCCUCUACAGCAGGGGUGGGCAAACUUUUGGGCUCAAAGGCCACAUUGAGAUUUCGAAAUUCAACGGAGGACCGCACAGAUUAUUUUUUAUACAGAUUUGUUUGUCAAAAUCAAUUUGCGUGGCAGAAAAAGGGCAGUCUUUAGAAAAUAUAUAGGUCCAUUAUAAUUUCUACAUACUUUCUAUCUAGUUAUAGACGUUGAAGAGUGGGCGGGAGUGUUUUUCUAACCCAACAUAAAAUCGUUUUUUUACUCAAACCUCCAGCGGGCCGGAUUGAAUGGACUUGCGGGCCAGAUCCGGACCAUGGGCCAUAGUUUGCCCACUCCGCUCUGCAGUCAGAACACAAGUCUAGGGACAGUCCAUGGAUUAUGCUUUUCCUAACACCGUUCACUCAGCUCUAUAGAGUGUCAUUAAUAUUGGACUAAGUGUUUGGAUCAAAGAUUUUGUGACAUAUGGAAAAUAUGUCUUGACAGUUUUGGAGAUAAAACAUUCAGAUGUAAUAGCUUAACCUAUAAAAUAUGAAGUGGAUCACUUGCACACCCACACAGUCAAAUGUAAUGUAGGCAACACAAUAAAUUGUGAUGUUAUAUCACGAAGGAGCAUUUUUGGAGCAUAGCAAUAAACCUGAAUACAAUAAACAGUGUUAAGAGAGUUAGUUUGAAAGAGCUAGCUUUAUGAGUAUUGCAAAGGUAUGGCUCUAGUGUCGUCUGUGUUAGAUUGGUUCAGUAUUAAGAUAUGCCUACUGAAGAAGGCUUGCCAUUUGACUCAUAACAAAAAUUAAAUAGCGUGUCUUAUGUAGGACUAGGCUAAAUCUACGUGAGCUAUGUCGACACAUAUAUGUAUUUGACAAAGAAAACCAUAAGUUAUAUAGCCAACAACUGUACAACUAGCCUACUAUAUGGUAAUAUCAGUUGUGUACCGCAGUUUCCGCAAGGUCUGAGCAAAUGGGGGGCCAGCUACCUUUCCACAAUUCUACACAUUUUGCUAUGGGGCAAACAGAAAAAUGUGUCUUCUAGCUAAUCUCAUGUUAUUUUACACAUUUUGCCAAGAGGCUGAGAGAAAAUGCUGCAGUUUUAAAGAGAAUUUCCUGCAAUUCUACACAUAUUGCCAUGGAACAGAGAGAAAAAUAUGCAGUUUUAUAGCUAAUCUCAUGCUAUUCUACACAUUUUGCAAUGAGGCUGAGAUGUUUUUGUAUUUUUAAAGGGGGAAAUGGGGGGGGGGGGGGGGGGGGGGGGGGGGGUUAUGCCAGUGGGUAAAAUCAUUAUGAAACGUAGCCUAUCCUAACCCACUGUAUAGGCUAAGUAUCUCCACCCCAGAGCCCGUGGGCUGUUGCGCUCACAGUAGCUUGGGCCUACACACUGUCUAAAAAAGAUGUCAGGCUCAGCGCAAAUUUAUCAAACAUGAAUACAUGCAACAUUGUAGCCUAUUAUGUGUAGCUCAGUUGGUAGAGCAUGGCACUUGCAACGCCAGGGUUGUGGGUUUGAUUCCCACGGGGGGCCAGUAUGAAAAAAAAAUUAUGCACUCACUAAGUGUAAGUUGCUCUGGAUAAGAGCAUCUGCUAAAUGACUAAAAUGUAAAUGUAAAAUGUAUUAUGAAACAAUUUGCCGCAAGAUUAAUGCCACUGAAAUACACUGAACUUUAUUAUAUUUCCAGAAAAAUAAACGUACGUGAUGAUACUGUCGCCUAGUCUAGCUACUGCGCAGGUUGCCGCUGGAAAAGGUCAAACAAUGAAUAAUAAAUUACCUAUUUAAUAUGUUUGCAAAUAAUCAAUAUGUUACUAUUUUUAUAACCAAUAAUAAUAAUAUUUUUUAUAGUGCUUUCUGCAAAAUAUAAAAUAUACACAGAAGGUUCUGUUAUCUACAUUAUCUGCAAGACUAUCUGCAAGAGUUGCUCCAUCUUGAGUGCAAUAAUGUGCAAUCAUGUUCUGUUUGGCAACAUUGGUUAGUGUCCUCUCUGGUUUCACCCAUGUGUCAUUAUGGCUCAUGUCAGUGUGGUAUCUCUCCUGCUCUACUGUUUCAACCAUGUGAUAGCUGCAGACAGGUGGUUGUCAUCAGUGUCCCUGUUCUAAUGUUGGCCUCGAUGUCUCUGGGUGCAUCACAUUUUCUCUCUGUGUAACCAUAUCCUCUAACAGUGAAUCUUAAUAAGUGUCCUGUCUACGUCUGUCCUGUCCCUGUCCUCUCCCUACCUGCCCUGUCUUCGUUGCCAGGCGACAGACAGCUGAGGAGAGGGAGGCGGAGCGUCAGCAGGCCAAUCGGCUGAUGAUCCAGCUGCAGCAUGAUGCCUUCCAGAAGUCCUUGAGUGACUCGGUUCCGUCCGAUCCACUCUGCAUCCACAACUCCUCCCUGUUCGCCCUGCAGAACCUGCAGCCGUGGGCUUCUGAGGAAGCAGCAAAGAUGGGCCGUGUCACCGCUCUAGUGUGACAAGGACAGGGUGGGGCCCUCUGGACAUUACACACUCGGACUGGCCAAAAUGCUUACUGACUGAUAUCUAAGAAACUGCACAAAGGUGAUCAGUGAGCAAAUUGAAUUGAAUGAUUUAUUAUUGUCCUUCCAGAACAUAGCCAAAGUGUGUCUGAGGGAGUCUGAGGAUGCAACAAAAACUCCAGUUCCUAAGUACCCUGAUAUGAUCUGGACAUGCAGACUGUUUGGUGGGCCCUUUGUGUCAGAUACAUCCUGGGUGGUAGCCUAUUACCUGUGGUGAUGUACGUGACAUGUCACUGAGCCAGCCCCAUAAUUCCAAACGGACAUAUUGACUGACUGACACAGCACAGAUUGGCUAAUUUGUUCCUCCCACGUCCCAUCUGUUCCUUCACCACUACAGUUACACUAUCAGCUCUGUGCCCCUGCAUCUCAGAGCCGACCAGUCUGCAAAGGAUGAGAAAAUGGAUGGGAAACGGGGAGAGAGAGAGAGAGAGAG